AUGGCCGUAAACAACUGGGUCUGGGUUGGCCCGCUGUCCCUGCUGGUGGCGCUGUCGGGCAUCUUCUACGCGUACCCAUAUCCGGUACUGAAUCUGUACGGUGGACGGGCGACGGACGCGAAGAUCCAUACGACGUGGCUGCAUCACGGGCCGGUGAACAAUGACAAGUGCCGGACGAAUUCUCUUGGACAAGCGUGCGAGGACGUGCGAAUCCAUCAUGACUCGGCGACGGCAUUCCUAGCAUGCGGAUAUCCCGAGACGCGAGAGGCGUUUUAUCCGCCCAUGAACCGCCACGACACCGAGAGCGCGGCCACCUACCACGAGUACUUUGUGAAAUACGACAUCAAGACAGACAAGGCGACCAAGAUGAAGAUUGAAGGUCUCGACUCGUCGCACGAUCUGAUCUUGCACGGCAUUGAUCUCUACCUGCCCGAGGACGAUAAAUCAAAGAUCUACAUCUUCGCCGUCAACCACGACCGCAAAGGCGAAGCCAUUGUGCUCUUCUCCCACACGCUCGGGACCGACGUGUUGACGUACGAGCGCGAGUUUCGCCACCCGGCCAUCAAGACGCCCAACGCCGUCGCGGCGACGAGUUUGAGCUCCUUCUUCAUCACCAACGACCACUACUUCUACGGCGGAGGGCCCCUGGCGACCAUCCUCCGCAGCCACGAAGACCACUGGGGGCCCUGGAAAUGGGCCACCGACGUCGUCUACUGCAACGCCUCGUCGUCGGACAUUGACUGCCGCACCGUGUCGCCGCCGAACGCGCACCCGAGCGCCAACGGCGCGCUGCUGGUCGACGACGGCAAGACGCUCCUGAUCAACGACGUGGUCGAGGCGACGACGACCGUCUACGACGUCGACCCGGAGACCAAGGUGUUGAGUGUGCGCAAGAAAGUUUUUUUUUUUUUUUUUGAGAACGGGACUGAUGAUGCGCGUGAAUAUAGCAACUCGGUGCGGGCGCGGAUAACCUGUCGCUGA